AUGGGCUGUGCGAUGUCCGCCGAGGAGCGGGCUGCUCUUGCACGCUCCAAACAAAUUGAAAAGAACCUCAAAGAAGAUGGAAUACAGGCGGCAAAAGAUAUCAAGCUCCUUUUACUGGGGGCUGGUGAGAGUGGAAAGUCAACCAUCGUCAAGCAAAUGAAGAUCAUCCACGACUCUGGCUUCACCACCGAGGACUUUAAGCAGUACAAGCCAGUGGUGUACUCGAACACAAUUCAAUCAAUGGUGGCAAUUUUGCGUGCAAUGCCCAACCUGGGCAUCACCUUUGGCAGUCCGGACAGAGAGUCAGACGCAAAGAUGGUCUUCGACGUGGUCUCACGCAUGGAGGACACUGAGCCCUUCUCCGACGAACUACUCUCAGCGAUGAAGCGGCUCUGGGCAGACACCGGCGUGCAGGAUUGCUUUGGCCGAUCAAAUGAAUAUCAACUAAACGACUCUGCCAAAUAUUUCCUAGAUGACUUAGACCGCUUAGGAAAGAAAGACUACAUGCCAACCGAACAAGAUAUUCUGCGAACUCGCGUCAAAACCACUGGCAUUGUCGAGGUGCACUUCUCCUUCAAGAACCUGAACUUCAAACUGUUCGACGUCGGUGGACAGCGGUCGGAGCGAAAGAAGUGGAUCCACUGCUUCGAGGAUGUGACCGCCAUCAUCUUUUGCGUAGCCAUGUCUGAGUACGAUCAAGUGCUGCACGAAGACGAGACUACCAAUCGAAUGCAAGAAUCGUUGAAGUUGUUUGACUCUAUAUGCAACAACAAAUGGUUCACGGACACCUCCAUUAUACUCUUUUUGAACAAAAAAGAUCUGUUUGAAGAAAAAAUUAAGAAAUCACCCCUGACAAUUUGCUUCCCUGAAUACACGGGUAAGUGCGCGCGGCUUCAUUCGUUUCAAUUAGCCUCCUCUCACGUCGUCCUCUUACUCAUUUUAAUGGCCCUUAU